GCUGAACUGGCGGUGCCUUUGCAAUGCCACACAAGAUUGUUGUCAUGAAGCAUUGAGCCAUGGUCUUCGAGGACAUUGAGAUACCUCAAUUUUCAGACCUGAAGCCCGCGGUGGUGGAUGCUGCGGUGCGGAAAAAUCCUGCAAAAUGGAAGGAACGAAACAAGAGGCGGGCCCAAAGCCGGAAGAAUGCCAAGAACCCGCCCACCUGGGAAGUUCAACAGGUAGCCAAGCCACCCGAGGUUGAGGGGCCAAAGAAGGAGAUUGAUCUGAAAGCGAAGGUCAGCGAUGUGAAGCCUACAAAAGCUCAGGAGCCGGAAGAGAGGGUAGAGGAGUCGGUGGAGGACGAGACCACGGCCUCGCGACGAAGGCAGGGAAAGACCAUGCCGGGUGGGUACUAUGUGCGUUCUUUGGAUGAGGUCCACAAGCAGACCAUGCGUGCCUUCAACGUUCGACUUACAAAGCCCUAUCAACGUGUCGUGCCAUCCGAAGAGGAGGAGCUUCCUCCUCUUGAGCCAGAGACAGCAGAGGCUGAGAAGGAAGAGGCUGAGGCGAGUUCACGAUUGCCUUCUCGAGCAGCACGCUUGGCAGAGCAGCGGCUGCGCCAAUCGCAGGAAGUGCUGCGGGAGGAGCAAAAAAGGCGCCAAGAAGAGGAGACGGAGCGACGCCGUGAGGCAGACCGGCGCCGCCAGCGGCGGCUCCUCGAGGCAAAGAUUUGCAAACUCCGUGAAGAGCAAGAGGUGCAGGAGCAGGUGCGGCGCGAGGCAGAGAAGCAGAAGCAGAUGGAGGAGGCAAUUCUUCAAGCAGCGCGCGAAGCACGUCGCAAAGCUGAGAAGCAGGGAAACAAGGAGAAGGAAGAUGCACAGCGCUUGCGUCGCCAACGCGACGCGGAGGAAGACGCCAUGCUUCGAGAAGAGCGGCGGCGGAGAAGACAGCAGGAGGAAGCUGCCAGGAAAGAGCAAGAGGAAGCAAGACUUAGACAGGAGGAAGAGCGCACGAAGAGAGAGAAAGAGAAAGAGCAAGAGGAGAAGAAGCGCCAGGAAGAGGAAGAGGCGAAGCGUGCAGAGGAGGAGAGGAUACGAGAGGCCGAGCGGCUACGCCUGGCGAAGGAGCAAGAAGCUCUUCAGCGAAAGGCGGAACAGGAGAGAGCAGCUGCGGAAACCGAGGAGGAAGCUCGUCGUCGAGAAGAGAUUGAGAAGGAAGAGCGAAGGAAACGAGCUGAGCAGAGGAGGAAGGAGAUCAAAGAGAAAGCUGAGCGCGCGAGGAAGGCCCACGCGGCCGGUCUGCCGCCCAGCGCGGCAGCAGCGGCUGCCGCGGAGGCACUGAAGCGGGAGGCGGCGCCCGCGGAGGUCCAGAUCACCGUGGCGGUCUUGGGGCACCAAGGCUCAGGGAAAUCAACUCUGGUGGGUGCACUGUUGCUUGCUACCGGAACUAUCAGUGAGCGCGAUUUGGUGAAGAGGCGCAAGGACUUGGAGCGGUUCCCAUGCGAGGAGAUUCAACGAGAGGAUGGCCUUCGAACUCCCAGUGGAGCUGAACUGAGUCUUCUGGAUGUGCCGGGAGGUCGACGCUGCCUGCCGCAGGCUGUACAGGCCGCUGCAGAAGCAGACGUGGCCCUGCUAGUGGUCUCUGCCAAGGGCAGAGAGAUGGAAGCAGCACUACGGGAGGCCAGUGGCACCUCUGCCUUAGCUGAACAGCUCCGAGUAGCGAAAGGGCUAGGGGCAAACAGGUUGUUGGUUGCAGUCACAAAGAUGGAUGACGCACAGUGGGCGCAGGAUCGUUUCGACGAGGUGACGGCGGCAUUGACACCGGUGCUCACCAAUGCAGGAUUCAAUCAAGCAGCCGCCGUCUUUGUGCCGGUCGAUGGGCUUUCCAACCAAUUGGAUGCCCGCAAGGCUACCUGGCACACCAGCGGUGGCUUGCUCCAGUGCUUGGACGAGGGAGCUCAGACUCACGAGCCAAGGUCAGGAGAACUGCAAGUGCUUCUCUUCGAAUCUUUCGCGGCGAGUGCCAAAGGUCUCCGUGUCCGUGGCCGUGUGGAACAAGGACUUCUGCAGCCGGGCCAGUCCUGCCGCCUGGUGCCUCAUGGAUCAGAUGCAUGCACCAUCGAGGUUCUCCAAACGGCCACAAGGCAGCCACAGCCUUUGCAAGAGGCAAAGAGUGGGCGGCAUGUGGAGCUUCAGCUUACUGGAAGUCUACCAGACUGGCCCAACACAGCAGGGGCCACAGCACCAUCUUGGCGUGGCGCGGUCCUAUGCAGUGAGACGGAGCCUGUCCAGGUGAGCGAUUACCUGAAGGCACAGAUGGAGGUGAUCGAGAUGCCCAGACCUUUGACAGCCGGUUUCAAGGCUGUCCUCCACGUUCAUGCAGCAACGGUCGAAGCUGAAAUCGAGAAGAUUCUGGAAGCCUUUGACUGGGCAACAGGCGUGACCAGUGAGAAGCCCAAGGUGGUGAAGGCUGGUCAGCGUUUGACCGUCAUGUUGCGGCUGUCCAGAGAGGUGCCACUUUGUGUAUCACCUGGAAGCCGACUGGGCAUGGUCAUGCUACGCUUGGAGGAGACCACUGUGGCCAUUGGCCACGUGAUGGAGGUGAAGUGAUCUCCAGCUGCAGGCUCAAUGUGUGAGGGCAAGUCCUGGAGCAAAGACCCGUCACAGUCUUUGUGACUUUUUUGCGCGCCAUCCAGCAGUUCAGAUACUUUCAAC